AGCAGGACUCAGCAGAAUGGCAAUUUUUUACUCCCUUGCAACUCAUUUUGGGUUUGUGGCCCUGUGCAUAAUAUUUUGCAUCAAGUCAAUUCUUAAGUGGUCAAAGAAGCGACGCGCUGCGAAGAACGCGCCGCCUAUUAUUCACAUCCCAGAGCAGGAGAUCCUUUGCAACCCUCGUCAAGCAUACGAGCGCGCUCUUGCACUUUAUGGGCCCGUCGUUGGGGUGAAACGUAAAGGUCGUCUCGAGUACAUCGUCAACGAGAAUCUUACCCAUGAGGUUCUUACAACGAAUACGUCCUUCAGCUUCGAACAGGGCACUUCGUUCAUUCUCAAUCUCCAUUAUUUUCACAAGUACUUCACUGCAUUCUACACGGAGAUUGACGAUCUUGUCCGAAAUGUCAUCGUAUCGCGCAUGCCCCUCGUCGUUGAGCAAGUCUUCCCAUCCUUCAUGCGAAUCGCGGGUGAUUUUGAAAAGGAACUCGCCCCCCGCGACGACCGGGAGCCUAAAUAUGUCGAUGCGGAAAUUAUGGCCCACCGUGGCAUUUCCGAGGCCAUGGCGCACGUCAUUCUUGGCGAGCAAUUUGUCGUUGCGAGCAAUCUAGAAGUGAUUGAGAAUGUCGCACACGACAUGGCGACUGUGACGGGCAUCUACCAGAACACGUCCUGGUGGGGAACAAACUUUCCGGAUCUGUGGCGAGCAUUUACAUGGGCGAAGGUUCUGACGACCACCAUUCCCCUUUACUAUGGGACAAUAGGCCUUCAGAUCUGGAGGAAGCUCCGCUCGGAACAGUUUAGAGCUGAGGAGGCAAAAGAGAACCCUGAAGGAAGUGUCCUCAACUAUCUCGCUUGCAAGAAUGCGGAUGAGGAUGGUAAUGUCGGCUUCGCCGCGUUCGCCAAGAUCUCUGCUUUGGUCCUUGGCAUAGCAUUUGCAUCCGUCCACCAAACAGCAUCUGUUGCCGUUUGGAUGCUUUAUGAGCUGGCUGCUCGACCCGAAUACUUGUCCGAACUCCGCGAAGAGAUGUCCGAAAUUGCACAUGUGGACCCGACCUCCGAGCACCCAGAGAUCACAUAUGACUCCCUUCAGAAGGCUACCCGCCUGGAUUCGUUCAUCCGAGAGGUCAUGCGAACAAAGGGCGAUACUUUGAGCGCCUGUCGGAUGACGACCGACGACGUGCCAUUAGCCGGAUAUACCAUUCCCAAAGGAUACUUAGUUUUCCCGCUUGCCUCACUAUCUCACCUCAACACAUCAUAUCAUGGUGCUGACGCAGAGAGAUUCGAUGGCCGACGAUGGGUUGGCACGGGCAAGCAGGCCGUCAUGAAUAACAACACAUACUACCCCUUCGGCCUCGGAAGAUGGGCCUGCCCAGGGCGCAACCUCGCGAUUGCUGAAAUCAAGAUGAUCGUGUGGAGCGUUAUAUGCCGGAGUACUCCCGUCCUGCGCGGCGGCUCGUACAGCGUUCCUGACCCGCUCAACGUGACAUCCGUCGCUCCAAAGGGAGAGAUGACUAUGCAUCCGAUCCUGUGAUCGAAAG